UUGUAACGCACCUUCAUCCGUUUUCAUGAGGGGGUGGUGAGUACGGCGUUCAAACAAACAUGGCUUUAAGGAACGAUAGUCUCUUCUCGUCACUAAGUUCUGCCGUAGAACAGUCGAAAAAGACAAGAAUGCUUCCAAACUAUGGAGACAGCGUUGAGUUUGAAAAUACGUUUCGUAUGCCUCCCUUAUCCCCUAGUGGUUCGGCUUCUCCCUUGAGUGAGAUGGGUGGAAGAGUCGAACAACUACCGUUCCCGGGACUAAGUUCAGCAUUUUCCCGGUCUUCGGACGAUGGCGAUGUACCUAUGCGGCAAGGGACUACGAUGGAUUACUUGGAAGCAAGCUUAUCCCAUUUUAACGACACAGCAACAACUCGCGUAAAACGAAGCACAACUCGUAGUGGUGCUUGGUAUGAGGAACAGCAUAAGAAGGGUACUUUUUCGAAGAAAGAACGAGAUUUGGUAGACACUGGUAUGAUUGCGGUUCUCCAAGAAGAAGGUUUACCGUAUGAUUUUGAGUUUAGAAAAGAAUUUGUAACCAGAAAAAAGAACCAGUUGCCCAAGAGAUUUUGGGUGAGAGUAGCGGCACACGUUCCAGGACGCUCCGCUCAGUCAGUGUAUGACCACGCUAAACGAAGACUGGAACCCAAAAACUAUAAGAGCUUAUGGUCCAACGAAGAAGUUGAAGAACUCGCCAGACUCAUCCGAAAACAUGGAACCAAAUGGGUCCUAAUUGGAGAAGAGUUGGGUCGACUUCCAGGUGCCUGCAGAGACAAGUGGCGAGAUGUUCUCAGAACCUCUGGAUUUAGACCGCAAGCAAUUCGAAAGGGACGUUUUACUAAUGAAGAAGAGGCGUUAUUGCUUUCGCUUGUGAUGCAAUCCAGAGAAGCGCACAAUGGUGAAAUUGACUGGACCGAAGUUGCAAGUAAAAUGGGAACUCGUUCAUAUCGACAGUGUCGACGGUUUUAUUUCAAUCGUGCGAUGAAAAUGAGUUUUCCUUCCCAGAACCCGGAGUCUGACUUGGAACUUGUAGAGAGACUUUGCAACUUGGAUGUUGAAGAUGAAUCAGAAGUGAGAUGGGCAGAACUGGACCCUCAACGAACAAGGGAGCAGGUAUAUGAAAGAUGGAGACUGCUGUAUGUCCUUUCGAGAAUGCAUUCGACAACUUUAUAAUAGUUUGCAAGAGAGACAACGAGACGUACGUUAUAUAACUA